CCGUUGACUUGUCACUGCUGUACCCUCACGAGUCACCAGGCAGUCAUCGCUCCCCCGCCCUGGCAGCAACUCUCUCACACACCAUGGCGUCCUUCUUAAGGACCGCUGCACGUUUGCAGCCCGCCAUCCGAUCUUCAAUCCGACCGGCGACUCUCGCGCGACGAACCAUGGCCUCUCAAUCACCCACACACAGCGCCAGCGCCAGCGCUGCAGCUGCUGUCAAGUCUGCAUUCAAGGACCAGUCGUACCUUCCAGAUGAGCCGACCGGCCCAAGCAUCAAAACAGAAAUUCCGGGCCCAAAGUCGAAAGAGGCGAUCGCGGAACUCGAUAAGGUGUUCGAUACUCGAUCGCUGAACAUGAUGGUGAACUACCAGAACAGCUUCGGCAACUAUAUCGCAGACGUCGAUGGAAACGUCCUGCUCGACGUCUAUGCUCAAAUUGCUUCCAUCCCAGUGGGAUACAGCAACCCCGCCUUGCUCGCCGCCGCUACAAGUCCGGAGAUGGCCUCGGCCAUUAUCAACAGACCAGCAUUGGGCAACUUCCCACAACAUGAUUGGGCUCACAUCCUCAAGUCUGGCAUUCUUCGUGUCGCGCCACCAGGUUGCGACCAAGUCUUCACAGCUCAGGCCGGAUCUGAUGCCAAUGAGCUUGCUUACAAGGCUGCUUUCAUGUGGAAGCGUCGCCAGCAGCGCGGUGGUCCACAUGUCGAGUUCACGCCCGAGGAGAUAAACUCCUCCAUGAACAACCAAUCUCCAGGUUCUCCGAACAUGUCCAUUCUAUCCUUCAAGACUGGUUUUCACGGCCGUCUCUUCGCUUCUCUCUCCACCACUCGCUCCAAGCCAAUUCACAAGCUCGACAUUCCAGCAUUUGACUGGCCACAAGCUCCGUUCCCAGCUCUCAAGUACCCACUCGAGCAACACGCCGAGGAGAACGCCAAGGAGGAGGCACGCUGUCUCGCUGAGGCCGAGGAGCUCAUCACCACCUACCACAUACCUCCGGCCGCAAUCAUCAUCGAGCCGAUUCAGUCUGAGGGUGGCGACAACCAUGCCAGCCCAGCAUUCUUCAACGGCCUGCGACAGAUUACGAGAAAACACAAUGUCCUCAUGAUUGUCGACGAAGUCCAGACGGGUGUGGGUGCGACUGGCAAGUUCUGGGCUCACGAGCACUGGAAUCUGCAAGACCCACCGGACAUGGUCACAUUCUCAAAGAAGGCACAGACUGCCGGAUACUACUUCGGCAACAACGACUUGCGACCAAACAAGCCAUACCGCCAAUUCAACACCUGGAUGGGUGACCCAGCUCGCGCCAUCCUUUUCCGUGCUAUCAUCGAUGAGAUUGAGCGUCUGAAUCUCGUCCAAAACACUGCCGAGACUGGCGACUACCUCUUCGCUGGUCUUGAGAACCUUGCCAAGAAAUACCCAGCAGAGAUACAAAACCUCCGUGGCAAGGGCCAAGGCACAUUCAUUGCCUGGGACUCGCCACGCCGUGAUGAGGUUCUUAAGAAGGCUAAGGGUGUUGGUAUCAACAUCGGUGGCUCUGGAGAGCGCGCGGUGCGACUAAGGCCUAUGCUGAUCUUCCAGAAAAAGCAUGCUGACAUCCUGCUGGGCGGUCUUGAGAAGAUCUUUCAGCCGUAAGGAGGUGAUUGGGAGGUCACCUAAUGAUGAUUAUGAUGAGCGUUUGGUUGUAAUUGAGCGAAACCAUAAAAGUCACGAGCACGGUGCUCAGACUCUGCUGCGAGGCAAGGCGUUCAAUGGGUAUGGACGUCUGAUUCCUACGACGGACUGUGUUCAAAUCAAUGAAAAGCCCUUUGAGCGUUCAGCCUG